AUGCAACUACUUAUCUUGCUCGCCUUGGUCGCUGGAUCAACCGCCUUCCUUUUUGGAGCUGGUGGAUGCGGAUGCGCAGCCCCUUCUCCAUGCGGAUGCGGCGGUGGACUGCCAAUGCUUCAACUUCCACAACUUCUACUUCCUCAACCAUGCGGUGGUGGAUGUGCUCCUCCACCACCUCCUCCCUGUGGAGGUGGAUGUGCUCCUCCUCCUCCUCCUCCUCCUCCAUGUGGAGGUGGAUGUGCUCCACCUCUCCCACCUCCACCACCACCACCAUGUGGAGGCCCAGUUGGUUGUGGAGGUGCUCCAUUCCCACAACCUUAUGCUGCUCCCCACCAUAACGCUUAUGUUGGAAAGUAA